AUGACUAAGAUAAAUUGUGAUCAUGUAUCUCGAUGGCUCACUGAAAUAAGGCUUCUGGAUGGGGGGUUCGGAACAGAAAGUCAGAAGCUAUCAGGUCUACAGAUUAAUGGACAUUUGGCUUGGAGUUCCAGGUUAUUAAUGGAUGACCCAGAAUUAGUUGUUGAAAUACAUAAGUCCUUUUUGCGUGCUGGUUGUGACGUGAUUUCUACGAACACUUAUCAAGCAGCACCUUCAACCUUGGUUAAAGCACUUGGAAUAACUGAUGAGGAAGCGAAAAGCCUUAUGCGUACUGCUGUAGGUUUAGCCCAAAGAGCACGGGAAGAAGAAAAUAAAUCAAGUGAAUUCCAACGAAAAUUGCCUGUUCUUAUUGCCGGAUCUUUAGGUCCAUAUGGGGCAUGCUGCGCUGACGGAUCAGAGUAUACUGGUUCGUAUGCAAACAAAGUCUCAUUUACCGAACUAGUGGAAUUUCAUUUAUCAAGAGCACAAAUCUUAUUACAGUCAGGAGUUGAUUUCAUAGCAUGGGAAACUGUUCCACUUUUAAAAGAAGUUUCAUCAAUAUGCGAAGUUAUGCGCAGACUACCAUCAGCCCAUUGCUGGAUAUCAGUCUCGUCACCAGAUGGUAAAAAAACAUCCGGUGGUGAUUUACUAACGUCAGUUGCGUGUGAAGUAGAAAAGUGUAAACAGGUUUUUGGAAUUGGUGUUAAUUGUAAUAUAUCACAUGAUUGUAUUGGUGAGGCACUUGCUAACCUGGAUUCACAAAUGCGUAAAGAAUCAGAAAGUAAUCCAAGUAAACUGUUGUUAUUCUAUGCAAAUGAUGGUCGUUUAUGGAUGACUGAUGGCGUCAAUGAAAAGCAAGAUGAUUUGAUCAAUAAUUCACAAUACAACCAUGACAGUUGGUUUCCAAACACUAUUAAAUGGGCAAAACGCCGUGAAACUUCAAAUGCUGAAAAUUUAUGUUAUUCAGCAAACAAUAAGCCUCCUUUGGCUCAAUGGGUUGGUGGAUGUUGUAAUGUUGGACCUGAAUGCAUAAAACGGCUUGCAAAGUGGAUGAAACCGGAUGAAUUUAUUUUCUAG